AUGAUACCUGAUGCGAAGUCCACUACGGAGACUGGAACCGAUUUCUACGACCGUGGUCUGACAAGUCGCAGAUAUACCCUUGUUGGAAUAGCGGGCUCGAGUAUCAUCAGCUGCUUUUGCAUCAUUGCAGGCAUUGUGAUCAUGGGCUCCAACAAAGAAGGCAACGGAGCGGCUCAAAUGACACUAAGCAGCAACCUGCAGAAAGAGAUGCUGGUCCUGAUGAUAAACUUAAUCGUCACAUUAUGCACCGAGUCCAUAGGCUUCAUGCACGGCAUUUCACUGCGCUCUGCGCUAGCCUCAGAGUCUCGACUUCGUUUCAACUCUAAUCUACGCCUCCUGACCGCAGCCCGCGGAUGGAGCAACCCAAACGGUUCCCUGCUUAAUGGUAUCAUGGCUGUCCUCCUCAUUAUAUCCUACAACUCAGCUUCGCUCGUCAUAAUAACUCUCAACUACGGCACCCACUGGUCAACAGGAGAGACUUCUGUCUCCAUCACAGGACUACCCCUCCUCUUGUUGGGUGUCGCACUUCUUCUUCAGACAGUGAUCGCAUUGUCAGGGAUGCGUGCUGUCCAAAUAUUAACAUGGAGCUCCUCACCUUUCGACUUGACCGCCGCUCUGGUCCACCACACACAAUUGACCUUGGUUCCUUUCCGGUGCAUGCGCGGCGUGUCCGACCUGGAUGCAGAAGGAGGUCCAGCUAGGCCAUCAGAGGCACAGCCCUCCGCAUGGCGUGCUCACCCUAGCAUCCGGAAAGUCAUCAUUUCUCUCUGGGGGCUCGUUAUAGCAUGCGCUGGAUAUGCCGUGCUCAUAAUGUACAUCUGGCACAAGUUUGACGGUGGCAUGGAAUCCACCCCUGUGCUGACUAUGAAAUCAUGGUUGUUCUUCCCCAGCGAGCAGUCCAACGCAGUCGUGUAUUACCUUCCGUUUUGGGGGUGGUGGUGGAUUCUGUUCUUUGUCAACUUGGCAUUUGUCCAAGGGCCAAUAACACUCGGGUUGCAUUGCUCGGAGCUCAUCGCGAAUGUUAUUCGGGAUGAAAGACAGUGGACAUGCGCUACCGGACGGGAAGGGCUUAGAACGGCGACGAACCCGCUGAAGCCGAUUUUCGCCAAUCCACUCAAUCUUGUACUUCUCGUCACAAAGCCUGCGCUACACUGGAUGUUUGGGCUGUCAUUCACUUUGUUUGGCACCGCCGGUCCCAGGACACUAGAAACGGUCAGCAUAUUCAUGUUUACAGCCCAGAUCUGGAACUUAUGCAUGGCGCUGUUUAUAUUUGCGUGUCUCUUCACUCUCGUCGCACUGUUUCGACCACGCGGCCCUCAGCCAGCUGCAUACGGCCACCUCCAGACUCUUGCGAACCUAGUGGAUGAGUGGUCGCCAGUGAUGUGGUGGGGCCACAAGGAGGACGGAAUUUCGUACUGUCAUGCUGGUAGGAUGCCUGUGUGGUCACGAGGUUGCUGCAUUGACACUUUCAAACAGGGACCAGUAACAACUCGCUGCCGGCUGUGA